AUGUCGAACCCGACUAUAAUGGCGGGGGAAGUCGACUUGAGUCCACCCUAUGGAUUCGGUAAACACCAAGCUACUCUCAGUACCCAGGAAGUCGAGGGUUUCUUUCGGGGCGACUAUGUCUUUAGUCAUUUCUACGACUGGGCCAUUGCAUGCAUUAAACUUUCGAUUCUUGGACUUUACUAUCGCAUUUUCAGCACGGUUAUCUUUCGCCGAGUUGUCAUUGGCACCGCAGUCUUUAUCAUUUGCUGGCUCGCGACUAUGGAGAUCGGCUUAGGGCUUGAGUGUAUCCCUAUCGAGACAAUCUGGGAUCUCGAUGUGACGGGCACCUGUAUAGAUCUGGUGGCAUUCUCCUACUUCACCAACAUUACAAACCUGGUCACCGACGUAUGGGUGUUUCUUCUCCCGCUCCCGAUUAUCUUCAGACUGCACAUUAAUCGACGGCGAAAAUUUGAGAUCGCAUGUGUUUUUGCCGUUGGUCUAUUCACAUGCGGCGUUACUCUUGCUCGCUUAACCGUUGUGGUCUCACAAGGGUCGUCCGACUUCACUUAAUCUAUCCUCAAGGAACUCCUUGAAGCAUUGAAGUCAAGAACAUUGGAGCGAAAAAUAUCGGAGCGAAAACAAUGGGAAGGAGAGUGGGCGGAUGUAGAGAAAACCUUCCACAACUACGCCCAUGAAGACCCAUGCACCAGGAAACGAUUUGACCUGGAAGCGUUUCAGCGCGCCGUUCUGAUACUCAUCGCCCAAGGUGCUGAUCUCUUAGGCCUGUUAGCAGAGAUCGACGUCCACUGGCAGUUUUACAAUGACGAGAACCUCAUUCGCCAGGCUAAAGUAAAAAGAAUUUUCAGAAGCAUCGCAGUCCCAGAACGAUCCACCGCCCUAAUGGAGGAUGAAUUGAAUUUCCUUGUGGAAGAGACUGCCGGUGGGCAUGGUGCAACCUUGGUCUAUGCCUAA